UAGUACUUGUCCAAGUAAAAUUCAACAAACUUUUCACGCCAUUCUUACCAAAUCCGUUACUAAAUCCAAAUGACCACCACCGACCCUCUUCUCCCUUUCCCAACCACCACCACCACAAACCACCACCACCUCUUCGCCGCCAUAGACUUAGGUACAAACUCCUUCAAGCUCCGUAUAAUCCAAGCCGACCCAUCAACCGGCCGGUUCUUAACUCUCAAACGUCUCAAAGAACCCAUCAUUCUCAUUUCUUCAAAUAACCCAUCAACCAUUUCUCAAUCCGCCCAAACCCGAGCCAUCCAAUCUUUAACUAAAUUUCAACAUAUUUUAACCUCAUUUAAUGUCCCUGGGUCCCACCUCCGUCUUGUCGCCACGUCAGCAGUCAGAGAAUCAACCAACCAAUCAGAAUUUGUCAGUUUUGUUCGCCAGACACUCGGGUGGGAAGUUGAUGUUGUGUCGGGGUACGAGGAAGCUAGACUUUCUUACAUUGGUAUGUUACAGUUUCAUCCUUAUUAUGAUUAUAAUGUUUUGAAUAUUGAUAUUGGUGGUGGGUCAACUGAAUUUGUUGUUGGGUCAAAUGGGGUUGUUAAAUUUGGCGUUAGUUUGAAAUUAGGACAUGUUUCGUUGACUCAAACGUUUGUUCGGAAUAACGAUGUUGAUGGAAUGAGAAUGUUUGUUAGGAAUACGGUUAUGGAGUCGGGUUUAGUUGAAAAAGUGUUGAAUGAAAAGAUUGAUGUUGUUGUUGGGUCGUCGGGGUCGAUUAGGAUGAUUGAGAAAGCGAUUUUUAUGGGGUAUGGGUAUGAUUUGGUUAACGAGGUCGGGUUGCUUGACGGGUAUAGGAGAGAUUGGAAGUUUAGUAAAGACGAGUUGAACGGUUUGGUUGAGAAGUUGUUAUGUGAGGAAGGGGAAGGGGAAGGUGAGGGAGAGGUGGAUAAGAGGAAAGGGUUUUUUAAGACAAGAUCGGGGUUUAUUGUGGCUGCGGUGGUUUUGUUGGAAGAGAUAUUUGGGUUGCUUGGGAUUAAAGAGAUGGAGGUAUCGGGGUAUGCGUUGGGCGAGGGUGUGAUUGCUGAGAAAUUGGCUGAGGUUUUUGAUGGGUUUGAUUUGAAUGCUAAUGCAAGGUGGAGGUCGGUUUUGAGGCUUGCGUCAAGGUUUAAUAAUAAGAAGAGGAUGACGUCUGCUGCAUCGUGUGCUUCUAUUGCGCAGGGAAUAUUUAAAGGUUUAAGGAACUGGAGUGAGGUUGAUGGUCAGCGAAAUGAAGUUGUUUUAUUGGAUGACAAGGAUCUUGAGUAUCUUGAAGCUGCAUGUUUGCUUCAUAAUAUCGGGUUGAUUACUGGGAAAAAGGGAUACCAUAAGCAGUCGUACCAUAUUAUCAAGAAUGGGGAGCACCUUCAUGGAUAUAACAAUGAGGAGGUUAGGUUAAUUGCGUUGCUUGCUAGAUAUCACAGAAAGAAGUUCCCGAAACUAGAUCAUGAUUCUCUUAGUGAAUUCACAGAUAAGAUGAAGCGUAAGUUCAGGGUUCUUUGCGUCAUCAUCCGUUUGUCUGCAGUCUUAAAGCAAUAUCAGUCUUCGAGCAUUCAAGAUGUUGAGCUAUCACACUCUCAUGAGGGUUUCAAGUUGGUUGUCAGGGAUGCCUCUUUGUCAGCGGACAAUGUUGAGUCUGUACAACAAGUGGCCAUUGACGUGGAGCUGAGAAAAGAAUUGGAACACUUCGAAAAGGUACUUGAGCAGAAAUUGUCGGUUGUCGUUCUAUCAAGCCCAUCAGGAUCGUGAAGCAUCCUUUGGAGGGUCUUCUAUAAGGUUUCGGUGUAGUUGAUAACUCUCUUUGAAGCACCUUACACGUAUCAUAUACAAAAUUACUACCCGCAACUAUCACGUGGUUGACCAUUGGUUGCUCCAACAAUCGGAUGUGAGGUACAAAUGAUUAUAUUGAAGUUGGACUUGCCAUCUGUAAGCUUUGGAUUUAAACUUAAGUGGAGGGUGAUAUAAGUGAUCUGGAGAAGCAAAAUGCGUAUAUAGUUUGGUAUAGGAAUUGGAUGAUGAAACUAUCAAAGGGCCAUAUCAUGAGAACUGGACAUUAAAGUGUGUGGCUAGACAGCGUCAUUAUAAUGUGUCAGCCAUGGAGUAUAUUUUGAUUCUGUGAGAUGUCCAUUCUGUGUUUUAUUGUCUCAGAGAGUUUUAGUAACAUAGAGAAUAUUGUUAAACAUAGUUGUAAUAACGAUAUUCUGUACUGAUUGCAGACGAAUAGACUUAUAUUUAGUUGCACAUAUAAAAUAUUGUUAAACACAGUUGCACACAUACAUAUGUAGUUUUUGGUCGAGGAUAACAUCUCUUGUACUAGCUUCAUGCUUUCCGUUUAGUUAGGUGGAAAAUGUAUAAAACCUUGCUACCAUUAAGAUAGGUGAAGCCAUCCUUCGCUAAAAGAAUGAGUUAGUCUACAAUCCAGGGGUUUACUUAUUAUCGUAAAGACUGCUAGUUGCAGGGCGAAGAUGAAGUUCGAAGAAGUGAUUUGUACAUCGUUUUGCAUUGCAUUAGUUUUGUAAAUUUGUAAUGCAUAAGCCACAUAAUUAAUAGGCUAGACCAGAAUCAUAAGAUGUGUAUAAUAGACUUUUAAGGAAAAGCUUAAUACUUGUAUUUUUAGUGAUAGACCUUUGAAGCUACUAUGAUAAUUGAUAAUGGAAAUUGUAGAAUAAUUAAAUUUUGAACAAAA